AGAGCGAGCGACGCGUGAUGAAUGGAUGCCCUCCGACUGAUGGAUGAGCCAACGGGCGGGUGGCAUGAUUCUCUCACACAGACUUUUCACACUUCCUCCCCCCCUACAUAUAAGCUCCCUCAACCCACCCUCGCUUCUCUUCUACAAGUCCCACCCCCCCUCCCAGCCAUGACCUCCCGAAGACCCGCCCGCCGCACCCCCAUCGUCGGCGGCGACGACCAACACGACCCGCUCCCCUCCACCUCGCGGGGGGGUACCCGCAGCACGCCCAGAUCAUCCACCACCGAACCCCCCACCUCAUCCCGCGCGACUGCCGCAACCAACGGCGAGCCCAAAGGACACGCCCGUCGAGUCUCGACCGCUUCUGAGGCUUCGUCCGUGGCCUCCCUUGCUACUAAGAAAGUCACUGCUGCGACGCGGAAGGCGGCUACCGCGGCGGCGGCGCUGGCUAGUAGGGAGGAGACUGAGUCGAAUGUUUCAUCGAGAUUUGAGGACGAGGGGGAUGAGAGUGAGGAGGAGGGGGAUUAUGAUGAGUUCUUGAAUGAGGAUGAUAACUACGAUGGAUUCGCGCGACUUGUUGACGACGUGAGUGAAGAUCAGUCGACCGUGGCGGGAUCAGUCUACGGCGAUGGCCCGCCGACCACCUCCGGCACCUCCAGCGCGCACGCGACGUCCGCACACGAUUUCGAGUUCCUCGGCCCACACGGCACCGCCCUCGUCGUGAUCGGCGUGCCCCUAGUCGUGCACCUCCUUCACGUGCUCUGCAACCCGACCCCAAGCGACAGCGAGUCCGGCGGAAACUGCCCUUCGCCCGAUUUCUACGAGCGGCCCGUCGGUUUCCUCCUCGACCAGAUCCGCCACACCACCUUCUUCUCCUUUCGCGCCCUGCUGGUCGUCACCGGUUGGUUAUUGUUUCAAGCCCUCCUGUACGGCUUCCUCCCCGCAACCUACCGCAAAGGCACCCCGAUCCCCGCGCUCAACAACCGCCGCCUCACAUACACCAUCAACGCCUUCUCCUGCUGGGUCACGACGCACAUAGGCCUCUUCGCCCUCUACUCCUCCAAGGGCCUCGCGCCCUUCCUCUGGGUCGCUGACAACCACUUACAGCUUGCCUUUGCAACCUCCUUAAUCGCACUCACACUGUCCGGUCUACUCUUCCUCUUCUCCCACCGCGUCCCCGAGUCGGAAGCCGACAGGCCCAUCUUGGCCGAGGGCGGCGACACGGGCUACCACCUGUACGACUUCUGGAUGGGGCGCGAGCUCAACCCGCGGCUCUUCGGGUGGUUCGACCUCAAGUAUUUCUGCGAGCUGCGCCCGGGGAUGAUCGGAUGGUCCGCGCUGAACAUCUGCUAUGCGUGCAAGCAGUACGACACCUACGGACAUGUGAGCGGAGCCAUGUGGCUGGUGUUGUUGUUCCAGGGGCUGUAUGUCCUCGACGGCGUGUGGAACGAGGCCGCGAUCUUGACCACGAUGGAUAUCACGACCGAUGGGUUUGGGAUGAUGUUGGCUUUUGGUGACCUCGUCUGGGUCCCGUUCACAUUCACCCUCCAAGCGCUGUAUCUCACGACCUCGCCCGGCCCGCUGACGCACUUUGGCCUCCUCGCCAUCACCGCGAUCGAGCUAUUCGGCAUGUACAUCAUGCGCAGCGCCAACAGCGAGAAGGACGCCUUCCGCACGCUGCCGCCCGCCCACCCCCGCAUCGCGCAUCUGGAUUACAUCGAUACCCAGCGGGGGACCAGGCUGCUCGUCAGAGGGUGGUGGGGCGUCGCGAGGAAGAUCAACUACCUCGGCGACUGGCUGAUGGGCAUCUCCUGGUGUCUGACGACCGGGUUCGCGUCCCCGCUCCCGUACUUCUACGCCCUCUACUUCUUCAUCCUGCUCGUGCACCGCGCCAUGCGGGACGACAAGGCGUGCAGGAUCAAGUAUGGCGACAGGGAUUGGGAGAGGUACUGUAGGAGGGUCAAGUGGGUCUUUGUUCCCGGGGUUUAUUGAGUGGGUGGGUUGCCGAUGUGGAUGGGCUUAUUUGCGGGGUCGGUUUUUUUAGCCCGCCUUUUUACCUGGGGUUGGUGGAUCUCAUGUGGUAUCUUACGGAAAUGAGAAAGGGGGGGACGAGAUUCUCAUCUCGGUGUCCCUGUUCAUGGAAUAUGCGCGGUUGUAGAUGAUAAUCAUUCAAAUAUGUACAG